UUUUACGAUAUCUUCCCAUCCAAUAUGUCAGAAAAAUCUAGAAAUUAUUAUCAAUCUGAUAUCGCAAAUGCAUCGUGGCCGGAAUGGAAGGAUUCCGAUCUGAACAACGAAAAGUGGGGAGCCCCCAAAGAUAGUCCCGAUGGAUUAUUCCUGGAUACAGAAUAUGUCACAAUGCCACCAUCCUUGAAACCUGACCGAUGGAUAAGAGCGAAGGAUUUACAGCGUUUGACUAGUUCGUUGACGAUAUACACGACGACCGUGGAAUAUCCUGAUCUAAUUAUGAACAACAAGUAUUUACUGCAUAGCGAGUUUAUAAGAUGGUUCAUAUCUACGCUCAAGAAUUUGCAAUAUUGUGGCCGGGAAGGGUUGGAGAUUAGCGGGCAAGGCUCAAAUUUCACAUGGGCCGAUGGCCACAGGCCCUGGUGCGGUUGGAUGCACGUAUAUUCCUUGAACAAGGCUGGAAAGGGCGUUCAGCAUCGACCAGUGAUAAAUCCGAAUGGAAAGUAUAUUGUAAGAUUACAUCAUAUGGGAUGCUGGCGUCGUAUUCUGGUAGACGAUAACAUACCUGUGGAUAAAAACGGUAGACCCCUUUUACCGUGCACCUCCAACGACUUCGAGCUGUGGCCAAUGCUUCUCGCUAAAGCAUUGCUCAAGGUUGCUUCGCUGACCUGGACGGAACAUCGCGAGAUCAUCGACUUCCAUCCAAUUACUUGUUUAACAGGCUGGAUUUGCUUGACGCUAGACGUCACACAUUUAUCGUCGCAAGACAAGUGGGACUUUCUAAUGAAAUAUUCUGAGCAUUUCGAAUGGACGUCGCAAACUACUCGUGAUAACACGAGUCCAGAAAGCUCCACGAAUAGCGUUAUGACCGACAAGACGAGGAGACCUGGAGAAAUUUUGCGGCUAGUCCCUGAAGCCGAGAAACCUCAACCGAUCACGUUAUUUCUUCUCUUGGCCGAUACCCGAGAACUCGGAAACAAAGCGAUAUCUGGUUUAUCACCUUGCUGGGAUCACGUAAUUUACGUCGUCCAAUCACGCGACGUUUCUCUGGAUCCCAAACACGUAAAAGUUCAACUAUCUCAAAAGUGUCAAAAAUCACACACAUACAAUAAAAGAAUCAAAAUAGUAAAACCGCCAUUAGCAAAGUGGAAACUGCAUCGCUGGCUAAAAUGGGCCAUUUCGCAAAAUGUAAUCGAUCCCACCGAUUAUUUCGUUCCGAUUCGUUACUUGAGGGUGAUCAGUCCUUUCGAGGAAUGCGACGAGAGUGUUGUCUACAUUUACGACGAAAGUGACGCCGCAGGAAACUCGAGCUUUCCAAACGAGAUCGAGCAGUCUGAUAAAUCUGCGUGGAGAACGAGGUCUCAGAGAGCACCAGAUUCGCCCAUGACGGAAAAAGAGGCAACGGAAGAUGUCAGUCGAUGGAUUGACUUUAAUAUGAUGGCACCACACAUAACGGAAGUAUAUUUGUUUUAUAAGCUGGAGUAUUUGCGGUGCACGAUUCAAGUGAUGGGGGAUAUAUUGAAGACAACCCAUGGGACUCGCAAAGCUACGAACAAAGUCGAGAAGGAAAAAACAGAAAUUUAUAGUACAAGCAGAACUUUAAAGUCUAGAAACAAAUCUUUGUAUUUAUUCUGCGACUCUCUGGAGAAUAAAUUCUUCUUGGUUAAUUUUUGCGCUGCGCCGAGAAAGAAAAAAGAGUCACAUCUGAAGGAUUAUCUUAUCUUGGAAAAAUACAAUUGGUUUUUUGGAUCAAAUCAAUCGGAUCAGACAAUAAUUAUUUCCACGUUCGGCAAUAAGUCAACUGUCAUAGAAUUGAAAGCUGGUAGGCAACUCUUACGGAUUUAUCGCCGUUCAGAAUCCAGUCUGGCGAUCAUUUCUUCUGAUACGGAUUUUUAUCUCGGAAAUCGGGCGACUGUGCAACAACUGAUGACCACAGAGUCUGAUAGAAUCGAAUGGAUGUCGAAAAUAAUCAGUAAUAGUCUCUCUGAAACUUAUCGAUCAUUCGGAACAAAUAAUUAUCCAGUAAUGUUAAAAAAUUACUAUCGAAGCUACAUGCCCGGCUCACAGCAUAUUCUUUUGAAAGAAGAUGAAAAUCUUACUUUACUGAUACACCAAUCCUUUAUAGAAGAACAAAUUCGAUUGAUCAGAAAAAUCGUUCCCGAUAGCGAUCUCGAAAAUAUCCUUCGCGCUUUGCGGAUUUUUUUUCUGAAUCCAAAUAUUAGACUGGAAUACUAUGAUUCGAAAACUCAGAGAACACUUCAAGAUCUCAUAACACAAGAGGCCAUGAAAAUACCACGCAGCCAUGUAUCUGAUUAUAAUAAAGCAGCCACGAUAAUUCAGUUCUUCUUCAGGAUGGCUCUUGUAAAAAGAUACAAACAACUUCACAAUCCCGAUCACGCUCUGCAUAUGCAGAUUCGCAAGGAACUUUUGAAGAUAUCUGAUUUAUUCGAUUUGUCUAUCGCAAGUCAGUUAUUAAGGAACUUCAUCAAUCGUCAGGACAGUCUGCGCGAUUUCUAUCCUUAUUCCGAGGAUUUCGCGCACGUCCUGAAUAUCCAAGAAUUCAAAGGUGUCCUCGAAAGCGUCGGACACGAACAAUGGUUUCCGAUUGUCAGAUUUAUCGUGAAUACCAAGCCCGCGGAGACUGUCUUCGCGGCCUUCGAACUGCUGAUCGAUCUACCUCGCGUCGCAUUGCGUGUCUUCAACAAUCAAAACGGACACGAAGUAACGCGCAUCGUGAAUCAGGUGGCUCCAGCUCGCUAUGAAUAUCUGUCGGACGGUUACACUGUAUUUGCUUAUGGUUGGAACGAAAAGCAACGUAUCAAGGACCUGGAUUGGGCGAUUCGCAUAAUCACCAUGAAGGGGGAACCAAUGCUCUAUCAACCAGGCGAGCAACAGAUCAAACCUCCCAAGCUCACGGUCGAUGAAUUAGUCGGUACUUACGUUCCGAACAUCAAGAAUUGCAUCUCGCGAUGGAUCCUGCGAGCGACUUCGGGAAGCAUCAUCUCGAUAAGAUUGAUAACAUCCUACAACUUGGCGAAAAUCAGAAUGAAAGUUACCGAUGAAGAAAAGAACAUUUUGGCUGAUGUGAGAGGUGCUUCCAAGAUUUUCUUACCUUUAAUAAACUUAAAACACUCAACCAAGAACGAAGAUUAUAAAAUCAAAAAAGGAAACCAAGACUUUAAUGAGGAGUUUAGAAAUGCAAUGGAAGAGAAGAAACUCUAUUAUGUAGAUGCUUUCGUUUUUGACAACAGUUGGCCUCUUACAGAUGUCGAAUGGGCGGUCGUGAAUCAAGCGAAGACGAAGAAUGCAGAAGACUUCAAAACGAAGAUGCAAUUUGGGAUUAAAGUAUCAUCAAAUCUGUCAAGGUCAAAUCUAUCGACGGCAAGAAAAGAUUCGAAACAAUUAAACAAUAAUCAAGCCCUAGAACCACCAUAUUGGAUUCUUCAAGUUGUUACAGAUGCUCGGGAUGCUGUAGAGAUCUGUCAAGAUAAGAAAAGGGAGCAAGAAAUAACACUACUAAAAGAAUCCUGGUGGUCGAAGGAUCCAGGUCGAUUCAAACGUGGAAAGGAACUCCGAGAAACUUUUCUGAGUGCGCACGCCUUAAAAUCUGAACCGGAAGUGUCUUUAAACCAGAUAGUAGAACAAUCGAAAGAAAUAGAGGACGAAGAUAUAGCAUUCUGUCUGCCACAUGCGAGGCAACGUAGGACUUUGAUACCAUCGGAAUUUCAUCAUCAUCUGCCCGCUUUAAACCUGACGAAGUACGUGAGCAGAAACGAGAUUGUAAGACAUCUUGAUUCAAAGAUGAAGAACAAUGACGAAAAAUUGCUAAACCGAUACGUCGUCGACGUCGAAGUCCAUAAUCAAAGAAAUUAUUCUAAUUACCUGGAAAACUUGACCGAGCUGAUAAACAAGCAACUGCAGAGAUACGCGAAGUUGUUUAAGAAGAAGGAGAAGAAUUUCUGGCAGAGAAAAACUCUGGUAGAUGUCGUUUACGAAUCGAGGAAGGUCUACAUUGACAGUUUGACAUCCGAAAAAGCGAAGACCAAAGAGAAAGCGAAGAAAAAUUGA